UACUAAAUCAACAGAAACUAUAAAAGAAACUCUUGUGAAGACUCAUGUUUAGAGUUUAGGACUGAAAAACAGGAAAAGGCAAAAGCAUGCAACUGUCCAGGGCAAUAGGGUUCUUCCAUGGAAACAUCUUCUUAUUUAGUGCCACAAUAGGGGCAGGAAUAUUUAUAUCCCCUAAGGGGGUGCUGAAAUCCUCCUCGGGGAACAUUCCUGUCUCCCUGAGUAUUUGGGCACUUUGCGGCAUACUGAAUAUCGUCAAUGGCCUCUGUGCCGCGGAGAUAGGUGCCACCUUCCCUAGAAGUGUAGCGACUUAUUUUCUCCUCAAAAGAUCUCUUGGAUCCUGUGUUGCUUUCAUUUCUACUUGGAUCAAACUUGUUUCUUAUGUCGUAGGAAUAUCUGCACAAAGCUUGUUGGUGGCGAGCUCUCUAAUUCAGCCUUUCUAUGCUGGGUGCUCCCCUCCAGAGCUACCAAAGAAAUGCCUAGCUUUGGCCAUUUUGUGGUCGCUGGGACUUCUGAAUAUUCGAGGAGUGAAAACAGUGUCCUGGUUUCAGACUCUCAGUUCUUUGGUGAAGGUGGCUAUUCUCUGUUUCAUUUCCCUAGCAGGGAUAGUGCUGUUAGUGAUGGGGAGAAAGGAGAAUGUUUCCAGAUUUGAGAGCGCUUUGGAUGCUGAACUUCCUGAUGCCUCACAAAUUGCUGAAGCCAUUCUCCAAGGAUUCUAUGCAUAUGUGGGAUCUACAAUGCUGGUAAACGUUGCAGGAGAGGUGAAGAACCCCGCUCAGACAAUUCCCACAUCGUUGAUUUCUGCCAUGUCCAUCAUGAUUGUGAUAUACUUAUUGACUAAUAUAUCCUACCUGACAGUUUUAACACCAGAGGAAAUCAUCUCUUCAGAUUCUGUUGCUGCCACAUGGGUGGACAGAGUGCUCCCUUCCAUGCAAUGGGUCGUUUCACUGGGGAUUUCGAUGUCAAUAGUUGACACUACUUCCUGUGGAAUCCUUUCUGGAUCAAGGAUUCUCUACAUUGCAAGCCAAGAAGGACAAUUGCCUCGGAUCUUCUCUAUGCUUAACGAGCACCUCUCUCCAGCUGCAGCUGUGAUCCAGUUAAUUAUUUUAACUUCUAUUGCCGUUAUACCAUCAAAUUUGAUCUAUUUACUAAAAUAUGUGGGAUUAGCUUCGUGGACUAUAAGUGGGCUUAAUAUGAUUGCUUUACUUAAAUUAAGGUACCAGAAUCCAGAUCUACCAAGACCUUACAAGGUUUGGCUGCCAAUGAUAUUUGCAUCUUUAGCAUCUUCUGCCUUUCUAAUUUUUAUGCCAAUCAUUCAGUCUCCUAAAAUGGAGCAUAUUUACCAAGUUGUCUUUGUUUUAAGUGGAGUUCUGUAUUACCUGCUCCAUGUUCACUUUAAUCAAGGUUCUGUUUAUUCUGAGAAAAUCACUUGUUAUUUACAGUUAUUAUUUAAUAUGUCACCUUCAGAAGAUCAAGAAAAUUAUAUUUCUAUAGAAAAACAUUGAUUAUAAACAAGUAUUUGUGAAAAUAAAAGAUAUUAAAUUUUGAAACUGAAGUGAACAAAUAGAUCCCUGCAAAUCUCCAAAAUAUAGAACAAAGUCACACACUCCUCUACAUACAUUUAUCAUAUGUACAGAGAUAGGAGCUCCGAUUUCCAGUAUAAAUCAAUGAUAAGCACAUGUGCUGUAAUUUGCAUAUGAAACAUUCCCCAUAGACUCAGUGUUGCACAGUCAACUCUGAGGGGAUGUUGAUGGGAAUGAUGGACACUAGGCAGAGAGCCUUAGCCAGAGAAUGUAAGUCAUGUGGGACCUGCCUUUGAAAGUUGUUGUUCUCCUGGCCUUUUCUUCAGUCUUUCUCUCUGCAUUCUCUCUGCCAUGACAAGAGACCCUUUCCUCCACCACAUGCUUCCUGUUUUUCUGGUACUGGGUAUGGAACAGAGGACCUUGGGCUUGCUAGGCAGGCACUGUGGCACUGAGAUAUCUCCCUGGUUCCCACAUGCUUUCUGACAUGAUGUUCAGCAUCACCACAAGCCCAGAGGAACAAAACCAACCAUUGAAAUUUCUCAAACAAUGACCUAAAGUAAUUCUUUAAUCCCCUGUAGGCAUGUUCAGUGUAACAGAAAACUAAUACCAAAAAACGAGGUUUGCAACUUAUAUUUGGUGAAUGGAAGAAUUUAGCAAAAUUUGGAGAAGAAAACAAGUGAAAAUAUGCUGAGUCCAUUACCCAUUUUCCCAUCCCUAAAACAAGAUACUCACCCUCACCAAUUUAAAUGAGAAGAGGCUUACCUUGGCUCUUGGCUAGCUGGGUUCAGUCCAUGGUUGACAGGCUCCGUGGAAGAAAAAAUAUAGUAAAAAUGUAUGGAGUAGAAAUCUAAUCAGCUCAAGGAAUCCAGGAAGUAAACAGAGAAAAGAGAGGAUGUGAAGAAAAAAACACACCAUUCUGAGCCAUGGACCCAGUGACUCACUGCCUCUAAAAAGGUCCCAGCCUAUAAAUGACACCUUCACCUCUAAACUCAUCAAUGGACGAAUGCACUAAGAACUGCACAUUCAUAUUACAUUUACCUUACAAAAGCUUCAGUUAUGUAUAUAGAGACAUUUAGAGAACACUUUAGAUUUGAACAAUUACAUUCUCCCUUGACAUCUAAAAUGCUUAUGUACCUGUCAUUAUACAAAAUAUAUUUUAGUCUUUCUGGAGCAAUUUUCAGAAUUGCAACAGUUCCAACAUUUCUCAGUAGCGAAAGUCCAUAUUGUCCUGUGAGAAUCAAGGAAAACUCAUGCAUGGGAUGCCUUUAAACACUCCAAUAUAAAAUGGCACAAAUAACCUGACUCAAGCAACAGAAUUUACACUUCAUUUAGCUCUGCUCUUUUAAUCCUGAUUUUCGCCUUCAGUCUGGUUAAAAGCACUCAGAUAUCCUCUGGCACAACCAAAAACUUGGGCUGUCUUGAAAAUUCCUGUUAGAUCAUUGAGUUUGCCACUUUUAUAUUCAUCCUCACACCAAAUUUUAGGCAUGGAAACAGUGUAGACAAAUUCUUUGCCAAAUGGAAACAUGCAUGGCCUGUUGUGUAGUUUUCAACAGAGUCUUCAUUUCCUGCUAAAACCCCAUCAGUCUGUCCAUUACUGCCCAUAGUCUCAUUAGCAUUCUGGAAUUCUGAGCAUGGUCCCAUGCCAUAAAGUUCUUCUUGCAGCAUCCUAAGUCUUCUCUUGUUUUCAUCUCCAAAACUUUCUAAGUGAUUUUCACAAAAAAGUUUCAAAACUUUCUGCAUCACAUGUGUAUGCAUGGUAACAACAAUGACCCACCCAUGUAACAAUAUGUUCAUAGUAAUUUUCUAACUCUGUGGCAAAAUUCCCACCACCGAUUUUUCAAAGGACAAGAUUUGUUUUGGUUCAUGAUCUCAUAUUUCGUGGUUUGCUAGCUCCAAUGCAGAACGGUGCCUUGGUACAUUGGUGAGGCAGAAAAUAGCUAUUCAUGUGCAAAAUGCAAUGAGAAAGAGAGAAAGAGAGACAGAGAGACAGAGACAGAGACAGAGCAGAGACAGACACAAACAAUCAGAGAAAAAUUGCAUUCUUCUAGGUCACAAAAUAGGUCACCUACCUCCUCUACCAAGACCGUAUACCGUAUACUAAUCAAAAUACACUGAGGACUACAACACUGUAUUAGUCAUACUUUCAUUGCUGACAUGGAUACUGGAAACACACAUAUGGAGAAGAGAUUUAUUUUCUCAUAAUUUGAGUCAAUAAGCAGCUAGUUCUAAGAUGAGAUAUCAUGGCAGCAGGGCAUGGAUGGGCAAAUCUGCUCAUUUCAUGGCAGUCUAUGAGCAGAGCAGGGGAAGAGGGCCAGAGUGGACAGGAUGAGGGGUCAGACCAUCCAUAUGACCCAUGGCUGUCACUCUAGGGUACACCCAAACACACUUUCACAUGUGAUUCAUCAAUCCCUGGUGAUAGGUCCCAAGAAAAAUCAAGUUGAAAGUCAAUCCUUAACCAUUACAAGCACCCUUAUAGAUUGGACAACCUCCAAAAGACCCACCUUUGAAUACAUAAGGUUUGAGGGGACAAUUUAGAUCUAAACCAUAACAAAAGUUUCAGGGACAGUUCUGUGAUAAGCUCAGAUGAAUGCUGAUAAGACUGCAUAAAGUAAUACCCCUGACCUUGAUGUUACCAAGGAGAAUGAGGACUGUGUUGAGAACUGGUGUGGAGGCCAUAUAUGUCCUUCUCUGGAAUAAACUUAUCUCAUGGUUGUAGGUGUGCUGAAAGUUUGGACAAGACAGAAUGUAAAGGAGACAGACUAGCUUUGCUGGCACAGGAUACUUCAGGACAGACACAGUACUCAGUUUUGGGAUGGAUAUUGAUGGCAGUUCAACCAGAUUUACAGGGAAAAUCAAGCACAAGCAUCAAAACGGAAAGUUUUUAAAAACUUGCAUUUGGCUAGGAAAUAAAUUUCUGUGUAGCCUAUGAAGUUAUGGCUGCUGGAUGGAUUAACAUCAUUGAAAUUAGACAAGCACUUUCAUAGAAGUGUAUAGGACAGCGGUAUUCAGAGGUGGGAGGGGGCAAAGUAAAAGGAGAGAUGCUGAUUGAAGAGUACAAACCUGUGGUUAUAAGGAGAAUAAGACUUGAGUCCUAAUAAAUAGCCUAGGGACAAUAGUUAAUAAUAAUAUACUGACUACUUCAUAUUUGAUAAAUAGUGUAGAUCAUAAGUACUCUCCAGGUACAUAAGCCAUAUAUCAUAUGAUAUAGUCAUUUAAAGCAUCUAAUGUCUUUGAUUUACUGUUAAUUUUCUAAAGGGUGGUAAAUAAAUAACAUCUACAUCAA